UGCCAUCACGUGUGUCAGCGUUCUAGCGUCCGAUGGGGUUGAUUUGGUUGUAUGUGUGAAUCGUAUCGUUUUCGUUUCGUCCUUCGCCCUCUGAGUAAGAGACAGAGGGAGUGUGUGUACGUCUUUAAAAAAUACGAGUAAAAUUAACAUUAUUACUGAUUUUAUGCGACGAGGCAGGGGGAAAACACGGGGAAGGAGAAAAUACAGCGGCGAUCGGAUGAAAAGAGGGUCUCUCUCCAAUUGAAGAGGGGGGGGGCAGUUGAAAAUAAAUAUAAGACAGAAACCCCAGGAAAGAGGAGGAGGCGGCAGUGGCUGGAUCGCCGAGCGAUCAAAAUCAAAGAAAUCUGACAUAAAGAAUAGAAGUGAGUGCCACAGUCACAGUUAGCGCCACUAUUAGAGCUCGGGGGCCUUGGAGUUUGGAGUUCAAUUCCAGCACUGUCAGUGGGACCGUCUGUUCAAAGAAGCUGAAGUUGGUGACGGACCUGCCUGGGAGACAAGCGGAGGGGCAAGGUGUUAAUGGAGAGAAGAGUACGCUGAGGAGAAUUCUGCCGUUGAGGACUCGGGUUGGGCACUGGUUCUCUGACGCCAUUGCCGUUCGUGAUGGCGAGCAAGAGGAAGUCUACUACCCCGUGCAUGAUCCCAGCCAAAACCCUGGCCCUGCAGGACCCAGCCGUCGAUAUUAGCCCAGCACGCAAUGAUGCCGAGGAACCCUCACCACAAGCACUUCCGGUUGACGACCAGUCAGCCAGUGAGGAUGUCUACGUACAGAACAAUGUCACAGAGCGCGGUGGCUUUGAAUGCAAGUACUGCGAUUACACCAGUCAGAACUACUAUGCGUUCACCAUGCACGUGGAGUCGGCACACUCCGACGCCAGUGCGGACCAGCUGUACGUCUGUGUCGAGUGCAACUACAGCACCAGAAGCCAGGAGUCGCUGACGGUGCACAACGUCCUGUGCCACGUCGGCGAAGGCAACCUCAAGGUCAGCGUCAUCAAGAAGGGCGGCCCGUCGGCGCCCGAGCACGACGCCUCCGAGGCCCAAAGCCACAGCACCCAGGAGAACGGGGACGAGGUGGAUCCCCAGUCCGAGAUCUCCAUCAGCAAGACACCCAUCAUGAAGAUGCUGAAAGCCAGGCCGGACCCCAAGAGGAUCAGCGUCACCCACCCGGCGAGGGAAGAUCCCGGCGAGGAAGUGGGGGUGGCUGAUGAGGCCAUUAAGAAGGUUGAGGGCCUAGAGGUGCUCACGACCAAUGGGCCCAGCAACCCCGGCCAGGCCGUCAACGGCACAGCAGUGGUCCCGGUGCCCAUCCUGCAGGCCGGAGUAGCCCAGAUCGUCCCUGUGGUUCAACAGCCAGCCUCGGGCAACAACUGCAGCUCCCUGCCCAAGGUGAUGAUCCCCCUGAGUAGCAUCCCCACCUACAAUGCCGCCAUGGACUCCAACAGCUUCCUUAACAACUCCUUCAGCAAGUUUCCCUACCCCACCAAAGCGGAGCUCUGCUGGCUGACGGUGGUGACCAAGUACCCGGAAGAGCAGCUCAAGAUCUGGUUCACCGCCCAGCGGCUCAAGCAUGGCAUCAGCUGGACGCCCGAGGAGAUCGAGGACGCCCGCAAGAAGAUGUUCAGCACGGUGAUCCAGGGUGUCCCGCAGCCGACCAUCACCGUGCUGCCCGGCCAGGUGACUACGGCCAACGGGGGCCAGCCCCUCUUCCAGGCCAACUUCCCCUGCCAGCUGAUGACUCAAGCGGGCAACAUAGUGGUCACCCAGUCUGGGGGUGGGGUGGUGAAGGGAGUCACCGUGACGGCGCCCCCCGUGGCGGUCAGUCUGGCCACCGUCCCCAAGCAGCCGGAGCCACCCAAGUUCCAGCUGCAGAAGCUGGGGGGCUCCGCAGACGGACUGGGGGUGAAAGUCCUGACGUCAGCCUCAGGUAGCCAGCCAGUGAUUACCUCAAGCCACGGCCUGGUGUCAGAGUUCGGCACCUACAAAUACAAGAAGACCAAGGAGCAGUUGGCUGCCCUGAAGCAGAGCUUCCUGAGGGCCCAGUUCCCCGAGCACGAGGAGGUGGAUAGGCUGGUGAGGGUGACGGGCUUGCAGGGCAAGGAGAUCCGCAAGUGGUUCAGUGACCGACGCUACAACUACAAGAACCUCAAGUGCAACCAGACCUUUGAGGCCGGUGGCCCCCACGUCCCUUCUCCCAGUGCAGGCCCCGGAGAGGAGCACCCAUCUCCCCUGGCCACCCCGGGCCUGCAACCCCACCGGCGCCAGUGGCAGACCAGCUGCGACUUCACCCCGCCCAAGUUCAAGGGCAAGUCGGCAGAGCAGCUCCGGGCACUGGAACAGAGCUACGGCCUCAACCCCUUCCCCUCCGAGGAGGAGGUGGACCGGCUGAGGGCCGAGACCAAGAUGACCCGGCGGGAAAUUGACCUGUGGUUCUCCGAGCGACGCAAGGCCAAGCCGGACGAGCGGGGCCGCCGGGAGGAGGCGGGCGUGGCCGACUCCGCCGGCGACGAGGAGGAAGAGGAGGAGGCGGAGUCGGACGGUGAGGGGACGCCGAGCGACAGCAGCUCGGUGGACCUGAAGAGGGUGCUGGGCCCUCAGGAGCGCCAGAAGGCCGGCCCUAUGAGGAUGGGCAGCAGCCAGCCCAAGGCACCCCACCCCAGCCCCAUUCCCUGCCCCAGCACGCCCAAGUACAAGGGCCAGAACAAGAAGACAGUCCACCAGCUGCACCUAAUGAAGUUGCAGUUCAUGCGGACGCAGUGGCCGACGGUGGAGGAGUAUGACGAGUUGGCCAUUAGUGCCCGUCUCCCUCGGAGCGAGGUGGUGCGCUGGUUCGGCGAUGCCCGCUACGCCCUGAAGAACGGGCAGCUCAAGUGGUACGAGGACUACAAGCGGGGCAUCUAUGCCAUCCGCUCGGGCAGCAACAGCCUGGUCACCGACGUGCCGAUGGAAAACCCCCGGGUCCGUCGGGCGCCUUCCAAGAAGAGCGGGAAGGCGGCCCUGUUCGAGUACUACACCCAGCACCGGAUGCUGCACGAGGAGGACUUGGACCGGCUGUGCGAGAAGUCCUGCAUGAGCUACGAGCAGGUCAGGGACUGGUUCGCCGAGAAGCAGACCGAGGACGCCAUGUACAUGUCUGACCUGAGCAGUGAGGACCAGCACUCAGCCAACGGGGAGAGCGACAGGACCAAGGGCAUCCUGCGGCACGCCGUGGAGGAGGCCUACUCCGACGUGACUGACAACAGUGAUAACUGGGACGUCCAAUCACGGGAGGGCCCUGCAGAACUGAAUGAGUUCGAUGCCGAGAACAUCUCUGAAGCAGAGUGACGGAAGAUGGGCACCCUCAAAAGUAAGGGAAACAAGUACUGCAGUUCAUUCUUGAACGAGGAGCGCCGUGGACUAUUCUGGGCCUGUCGCCAGCUUUGGCUGCUGCUCGGACUGACCAGAUGCUAUGUUGGGAGGCUGCGGCUGUGGUUCAGACUCUCUCUCUAGUGUUUUGUGAGUGUGUGUGAGUGCGAUGGCAUCAUUACUGUAAAUAGACAUUGAUAUAACUGACUUGGGACACUUGAGGUGCUCACCUGAGACUUUAUUGACAUCCUUCAGGCACCACAGUCGAAGAAUUGACUUCACUGCACAAAUAAAGUUUUGUUUGUAUAUAACAGGACUGGAAAAAAAAGCAUGCUUUCGCCAUGCUUACCAAAUGGAGACUUCUAACUGGUGAAUCCAAACUGAGAUGAUCAUAGAGAGGGUGUUUGAUGCUUGGAGAUACCCCAGUUUAUAUUCUGGGUUGUCAGUCCAGAAUUACACCAGUAAAAAUGUAUUAUCUAUUCCUGUUGGAAAGCGAGCCAGAUUUGGAAAUACGCAACAUUGCGACACGUCCCUUCCUUUAAUCGAAUUCAUCUGCAUUUCAGGUGGAACAUUGUUUACACAAGAAUGAGAUUUGCAAGGGUUCCAGUCCCCACGAACGACAGCAGAGAUAACUAAUGUUGAGUGCGGAGAACUGGAAGAUGUGCCAAGGAAGCAUGCGGUGAUUUCAAGCGCACAUAAAAGGAAGAUCUCGUGGGGCAUGUGGGGAGGGCAGUCAGGUGGUUAGGUCCACUGUGGUUUGAAUGUGCUAUGCUAGAACCCACGACUAUAAUUGGAUUUUAAAAUAUUGUGAGCAGUUUUUCUUUGAAGAGCUUUGUGCUAUUCACUGGUUAAAUGGGACAGCUUAAACCAAAAUGACCUUUCAGAAAAGAUUUUUUUUAAAGUAAUUUUUAUUGAGGGAACUGCGUGUAACUGGGGUCACUCGGGAGUCUGGUUACGUUUGGUACUUAAACAGCAAGGGUAGGCCUACGCUUCAUUCAUUGGGAUGGAUGAAUGAGCGGCUACAUAUGUGCUUGUCACAAUAGGAAUUGUCAAGGAAGAUAUAUGCAGGUCAGUUGUUCUAAUUUAAUAAAGUAUAUAUAUAUUUA